AAUUACAGAAAACGUACUCGAUUUUGCAAACGCUUGCAAGUUAUGUCAUUUAGUCCUAACUCAGUUAAUUUUUGUGGUUAAAUCUGACCAAAUGGACCUCACAUAUGGUUUGACUGGUUGGGUUUUAGGUUGGUGACCCGGAACCAAAAGGUUUUCCAGAUCUCAGCAGUAUGAAUAUAAAAGAUGAAAAUAAUAGUGAUACUAUUUGGGGUGACAAUGCAAGAAGUGAUGCUGAUUCAGUGAAGCAAGAAAAGGUUGGAUCUCUCACUUUUAAGGUUGUUGAUGCACCAUCACAAAAACCAUCAACCGAAAAAUCAGGGUCAAAUGUUGGAAGUUCGAAGGAAACAACGCGUGGUGUGAAAAAGCCGGUAGCUCGGGCUAAGGCUCCUUUUCAGAUAGGGUAUACCCAUAUGGAUUGGCUCAAGGUUACUCUUACACAUCCUGAUCUAGCAGGAUUGAAGGGACAGUCAAACAAGAGGCUUAUAUCUUUAAGUGAAGUCAAACAACACAAUACUGAGGAUUCAAUGUGGACCGUUUUUAAGGGCUGUGUUUACAACGUCACUCCUUACACUAAGGAUAACUUCAUUAAAAAACAGCUGAGCUCAAAGAUCGAGCCGGACAAAAACAACAGAAAAGGAACCACUACAUAA